AUGGAUGCCCCUGCUGAAGAUGGUGAUGAUUACCCCAUUGAACAUGUAACUCAAGAAGCCAUUUCACCGGAUCAUGAUUCCGAUGCACCCGAGGAGGAAGAUAAAAGUUAUGGUGAUGAUCUUUCUUAUGACUCAGAUGAUGAUGACAGUGGUGAUGAAAUUGGGUUUGACACAUGCCGUGUAAACAAUAAUUUCGAUGAAGACGACUUUGACAAUGAGGAGGUCGAUGAUGAUGACAUAUCUCAGGGCUCGGAAGAAAAUGAGGGUGGUGGAUACGACAAUGAUAUGGGAACCAGGGGCGGAUCUGGAUUCGGCGGCACGAAUGGCCCUGGCAGAGGCGGCAAUGGCGGCGGCCGGUGGCGGCUGGUGCUCCGCAAUGGCAGCGGUAGGGGGUGGGCCGUGCAGGGCCCCGGCGGCCGGUCCGCAGGGGGCGCGCGGGUGCAGGGCGCCGGGGGCCGGUCGCUAGGCCACGGGUGGGGGGUGGCUGCAUGGCGGGCGGCAACGCCGGCCGCGGGCAGGGGAGCUUGCUGCAGUGCUCCGGCGGCCGCAGGUGGCGAGCGGGUGGGUGGGUCGCGGGCGGCAGUUGGCCGGGUCCCCGGGUGCUCCUGGACACAAGAUAGAAGAUAG